AUGGUAAUUACUCGGUCUGUAUUUGAUAUAACACUGCCAGUAACACGAAUGCUUCAGAGCAAAUCCAACGAUAUUUUUGAGGGACUUCAUAUGAUUGAUGCUCUUAAAAGUGCAGCCAUGGCUACACGAAAUGCAGUUGAUGCCUACCAUGAAAUCUUUUAUUCUGAUGACAUGCCAAACUUUUUAGCUCUUGAUGAUGAGCUAGAUCUCUGGCAUAAGUACUGGGAGAUGCAGGAUAGUUAUCCUGAUAAUAUUUCAGCCACUCUUAAAGCAAUUCCAUUAUUACAAUUUGAUAAUUUGACUGUAGCCUUAAGAAUUCUUGCCACAUUACCAGUGACAUCCUGCGAAUGUGAACGCUCUUUCUCUGCAAUGAGAAGGCUUAAGAACUACAAUCGCAGUACAAUGGUGGCAGAUAGGUUGAAUGGCUUAGCUUUGUUACAUAUACACAAAGAAUUUGUACCAUCCACCUCAUCAGUCAUCAAUAAGUUUGCUGUUAAAAACAGGAGAUUGGAUUUUAAGUAAAAUGUUUAAAUCAAUUAUUUUUCUAUGUAGCCUCAAUAUAUACUCAUAUUGUUUAUAUCUAAAGUUAAAAUUAACAAGUAAUAAAAUAAAUAAUAUUGUUUCUUCCUUUUCUGAAUAAAUAUAUAAAUAUAAAUAAAUUUUAAAAUAAAGUAUAAUUUUUUGUACAAAUCCAUACCUAAGAAACUACUUUCUGUAAUAAGUUUCAUACUUAAUAUAUUUCUCUCUCU